CGCGCAGGUUAUGGCAAACGUCUACUGCCAAAUCGGCGGAUCGAAACGGCUGAUCCUCUUCCCACCUUCGGACGUCGAACAUCUUUCCUUCUCGCCGGGCGCGUCUAGCUCCAGCAUCGACGUCUUCAGCUCCCUGGGUUCGCCCGAGCUGGCGCACACUCGGCCUCACGAGGCUCUGCUGUCGCCCGGAGACGUGCUGUUCCUCCCUCCCCUAUGGCUGCACACAGCGACGCCGACUUCGGCCCAGAGCAUCGCGGUCAAUGUCUUCUUCAGGGAUCUCGACGGCGGGCAUUAUGCAUCUGGACGGGAUGUGUAUGGCAACCGCGAUCUCGGCGCUUAUGAGAAGGGGAGGCAGGACGUUGCCCGCAUCGUGAAGUACUUCGAGAAGCUGCCGACGGAGGCGAGGGAGUUCUACCUCCUCCGGCUAGCAGAUGAACUGCGCAGAAGGGCGCGGGGAUGAGACAUGCAGUUUUGCGUCACCGAGGACCGACGGCCGACGCCUUUUGCCAUUCGUAACACCGCAAGUCCCUCCGUUAUGUGG